UUUGAAAUUAAUGAAGAUAUCACACCGGUAUUUAAAGCAACUCAAACAGUCAAUGACUCUAUAACAGAGGCACUAAAAAAUAAUCUUGCAUUGGAUACAGAUGCUGCCGAUUUGGAUACGGAUUUUACUAACGACAUAUUUUAUGAUACAAAAUCAUACACAACAGAUCAAUAUCUAAUAAGCGAUAUAGAUGAUGAAAUUAAUCAAUCAAAAGACGUGACAUCCAGUACUUAUCAAAAAAAUAAAAGCAUACCAAUAAGUGAAGCAAGUCCGAAAAAAAAUGCUUCUAUGACAGGUGAAAUAAAAACGACUAGUGCUGCUGACAUCGAUUCUUUAAACACAGCAUAUCUUGAAAGUUUAACUGAAGGUACUAACAUUCUACCAUCAUCUGACGACAUUGUCAAAAAUAAAGAAAAUGCAAGGCUCAUUACCGUAUUGCCAGAAAUUACGCCAAUUGCUAAUAUAUUCGCAUUUGCUGAUAAUUCGAACACAAAUUUUACAAAAGCCACAUUUUACGAUACAAAACCAUACAUAACGAAUGAAUACCCAAUGAGUGAUAUCGAAGAUGAAAUGUAUCAAACAAAAAAUGUUGACUCCAGUACAUUUGAAAUUAACAAAGACACAAUACCCAUAAGUAUAACAACUCAAAACUUCUAUGACUCAACAACAGACGAAAUAAAUCAUUCUGGGUUCUCCGACAAUAACGCUGUAAACAAGACAUACCCGCACAGUCAGGGAGAAAGUUUGACUAAGGAUACUAGUAUCUUAAUUCCAGGUGACAAAAUUGUCAAAGGUACUGAAAAUCAAAGCCAACCAAGCAUUUUAUUAGAAAGUCAGCCAGGUACCGCAUUGAAUGAUAAGUUGAAUAUAGAUUUCAGUACUGAAUUUUUUUACAUUACGAAAUCUACAACGAAUCAAUAUGCAACAACUGAAAUCAGAGAUGAACUCACUCAAUCAAAAGAUUUUGACACUAGUACUUCUGAAAUCAAUAAAAACACAAUACCGAUAAUUAUAGUAAAUCACACAAUUAAUAACUAUCCAACUGAGGUAAUUAAACAUACGGGUGCAUUGGAUACAGAUGCGGCUGAUAUUGAUAUAGAUUUGAAUAAAGACAUAUAUUACCAUCCGAAACCUACAACAAAUCUAUAUCCAAUGACUGAAAUUGAAGAUAAAAUUAUUCAGCCAAAGGAAGAAAUUGGUUUCAGUACUUUUAAAGUCAAUAAAGACACGGUACCAAUAAGUUCAGGAUCUCAAACAAUCAAUGGAUCUGUAACAGAUGCAAUACAAUAUUCUGGUGCUUUUGACAUUAAAUUUUUAGAUACAACACACCCUCGUAUUGACUUUGAAACUUUAACCGAGGAAAGUAAUGUUCUAGUUACAGGGGACCAAAUUGACACAUAUAAUGGAAAUGAGGGCCAAAUAAUUAGUUCCCCAGUACCUGUGCCAGUUACAUCUGCAUUAGCUGAUAAUUUUGAUGCAGAAUUAUACACUACGAAUCAAUAUCCAAUAAGUAAAAUUGGGUAUGAAAUUAUUAAAUCAAAAGACGUUUACUCUAGCACUAAUAAAAUAGAUAGAACACCAAUAUAUAAAGGAAAUCAAAAAAUCGAUGACUCUAUAACAGAGACCAUUACUACACCAUUAUAUACUUAUACUCCUGGCAUCAAAUCUUUCAGCACAACACAUAUUAAGCUUGUAAAUAUAACUGAGAAUACCAAUAUUCCACUUCCAGGGGGUAAAAUUGCGCAAAGUUCUGAAAAUGGAAGCCAAAUUAGCAUUUCACCAAAAACCGAAUCAAUAUUGACAUCCGCAUUUCAUGAUAAUUUGGAAACUGAUUUGGAUAAAUACAUAUUUUACAAUACGAAACCAACGGAUCAAUAUCCAAAAAGCAAAAUCACCGAUAACAUCAUUCAAUCAAAAGUGGCUGACUCGAUUAAAAAAAUUGAUAGUUCUAUUACAGCAGGAAUAAAACAGACUGGGUCUUCAGAUAUUAACACUUUUAACACAACACACUCUCUUAGUCAGCAAGAAAGUAUAACUGAGAAUACUAAUAUUCUACUACCAGACGACAAAGUUGUCCAAAAACCUAGAAUUGAAAGUCAAAUAACCACAUCGCCAGAAACUAAGCCGGAAAUCACAUUCGCAUUCAAUGAUAAUUUGGACAUUGGCCUUAGCGUUUUAUACACUACAUAUCCUCAAAGUGAGCGAGAAAGCAUAACUGAGGAUACUAACAUUCUACUUUCAGAUGACCAAAAUGUCAAAAGUGUAAAUGAAAGCCUAUUAAGUAUCCCAUCAAAAAUUGCACCAAUUACAAUUAUACCCGCAUUUGCUGAUAAAUUGGAUACAGAUUUUAGUAACUACCUGCUAUACAAUACAAAACCAUAUUUAGCUGAUAAGAAAACUCAACCAAUUAAGACAAUUAGUCAAAACAGUUAUGAUUCUAAAAUUGACGAUUAUACGUUCGCUGGUGCAUUGGAUGUAAAUCCUCAAUUAAAUGAAGUAUUUAACGAAGUGUCAGCUAUCACGGUGUCAUCAAUAAAAAAUAAUUCUUUUUUCACACAACCUGAUAUAGCUACUAAAAUUGACACGGGCACAGUCGUUCCAUUUAAAAGUAACAGUUAUACUAUUCUACAUACUGAUAACGAAUCUCACUUGGCAAAUUUUCCUAAAGAAAACAAUGAGUUACUGACUCAGAUAUUUACUGAUAAACCUACAUUCUCUCCGGCUGUCUAUUCCGAUAAAAAAAUUAAUCUAAAUAAUAUAACUGAAAGUCCAUUAUACACAACACAAGAAAAUCCAUACAAAGAUCAUACAGACAGUAUCAAAACAACAACUUUAGUUAAUAAUAUGAAUACUCAGGAAUUUAUUUCAAAAAUUGACAUAGUUUCAAGCAAUUUAGAUGACACUACAAGUACAAAUAUUGAGCUUAAUAUCGGAAAAGAAAAUGUAAAGUCAUCAAGUCCAGAAUACUCAGUUUCAAAUAUGAUAAACAAGAUAAAGAAAAUAUUAAAAAAAGAUCGUACAUUUUCAUUUUCUAGUGGUUUUGAUAUAACAUUUCCAAAGCCAGACUUAAAACAACAUAAUCAAAAUACUACUGAUCUCAAUAUAUCAAAGGUUAAUAAAGGCAUGACUUCAAAGAAAGCUGCUGUUCAAACUACUAAUGAUUUUAAAUUUGAGACUUCGUACCCUUCCAAACUAAUUAUACACACUUUACCUAAAAAUAAAACUGAUAAUAUGAAUAAUAUAAUUUCCGUGGACAAGAUAAAUAACUAUAGUAGUAGUUUACUGCCAAAUAUGGACUCAAAAAUAUUUUACAUAUUAAAGAAUUCAGGAAACACAAUUACAAAUACAACUAAACCCUCAUUUAUAAAUACUCUUGGCAAUAAAGCCCAUGUCAGUACUAGAAACGAAACAUACUCCUCGAACCCUGAUUUAGAUCAAACGACCAUUAUCGGAUUAAUGGAUGAUAAAUACAAUGCACCUAACAAUGAUACAACAUUUUCUAGAGAAUUAUUUCAGGUAAUACAAACUGAAGCUAUCGAUAAAACUUCAACCACCAAAACAUUUUCAACAAAACCACAUAUAGCGACUCAAAGCAAACCUAGACAUCAAACAAAUACUCUUUUCACGAGAGUAACCGAUGGUAAUCCUAUUAUUAUACAUGACCUAUCAUCAAACAAGAUACGUUCUACAUCAGAUUUAAAUACAGAGCCACUUAAAUUGCCGAAUUCUUACAUUUACGAUAUCAAACGAUCACAAACCGAUAACUUGCAUCAAAACAUAUCAAACUUGCCAAAACAUCUUUUGGACAAGAUUAAAACACCCGUUAGGACCCAUAAUCAUCAUAUUUCUGGAAUGAAUACAAAAACAUCAGUAACAAGUGUACCAUUGUUAAAUACAAGCCUCGAUCAAAUAAUACCUAAGGGUUUGGUUAUGUAUAACGUUUCUUAUAAUUUAAUGAAACCAACUAAAUACGUAAUAGUUAAAAAUAGCACUGACCAUGCAAAAGUUCAAGUCACAUCUCGACCACAUGAUGUUUUAGUAAUUCCUAAUAUGCUCAACAAAACUGUAGAAAGUAUUGAACACAACACUAAAGCAAACAAUGUAUCUACAGUAAGCUCAGAUAUGAUAAAGUCCUUGACUGCGCAAGAUUCACAACCAUACUUAAAUCAAAAGACUAAUUCUUAUGCAUUUAUAAAGAAGUUAAAUAAUUCACCGAUGAUGACAAUGUUUACUGAAUUACCUACCGAUACCAUCGCUUUUGAUUCGCUCAAAGAUUAUUCAAAAUAUGUUAAAAAAGAUAAUCGGUCAUUUAGUUUGUCAACUGUCGACGCACGUAAAUCAUUUCCCAAAGAGUCAUUGAACACGACAUUUCAAGGCACAUUGCCAUAUUCUUUAAAACCACGCGAAUAUUAUACAGAUGGUUUGCAAGUUCCAUUUAAAAUUAAUGAUAAUCGAUCAACCAUCAAUGUAAAUCAAAACGUUGGAGAUACAAUAACAAAAAUAAGCAUAAAUUUACGUCAACCCGUUCUCACAGACAAUUUUUCUGAUACUCGAGGAUCACUUGACACAAAACUAUAUACUUUCGGUUACAAACUUAAUAGCACAGACAACAAUGACACUUAUGUAACAAAUAAUCAAUUGAUGAUUAGUAGCCAUAUCAAGGUAAAUGAGCUGCCAACAAUAAACAGACAAUUGUCACAAAAUACUACACCUUAUUCUGCAAGUUUAAAUGAAGAAAAAGCUGACUAUUUGAAAAUUAAAAAUAAGACUCAAAAUAAAAUCAUAACAGUUGGCGAAUUCAAUGCUUCUCAAACAAAGUUUGCCAAUGAAUUCUUUACAAAGAAUAAGAAUAUUUCACCUAACAUUCAUACUAAUAUUUACAAUGAAUUAUUGAAUAACGAAUUUUCCUUAUUCAAUAAUUCAUUCAGAUUAUCUAAUCUGAGUCAUCAAAACGAGAGAGAAUUCAUUGACAAAUUUACAAUUAUCUCUACGUCUACAGAAUCAUCGUUUCAAAGUGCACUAAAUACAAAUGUUCCACUUCAGAAAGCCGUGUCGUAUAUGCCUCUAAAAAUCGUAGAAGAAGAUAAAAAAAUACAUAACACGACUCAAAUAACUGUGCCAUAUGUCCACGUAUUUUUGGCCUCGGAUAGGUCUGCAGUAACUAUUUCUACAAGUAGGAGCAAAUCUCAAAGUCUAACUAACAAUAAUGUUACUAGUCAGGACAAAGAAUUUACUACAACAUCUAAAACCUCUUUUGAAGAUUUAUUAAAACUGAACAAUCACAGUAAUAACUUUCGAUCCACCAAUGAUACAUCAGCAGAGCAAAUUUAUACAAAAUCUUACGUUCUACAUGCAGUUAAACCUAAUAUUGAUCCAAUGAUAGCUGAAAAAGAUGAAAAUACUACUGGCUACCACAAAAACACAAACUCAACUGACACGCCUUUAAACAUUUAUGAUAAAUCAACUAAUAUUCCCUAUGACACUUCAAAUAAUUUAGAAAGUACAAGACUUACAAUGUCUCCUGAAAAUUCUGAUUUAAAAUACAAAACCCUAAACAAUGCAAGGGUUUCACAAAAUCAAAUAAUAACCACAUUCGUUGUCCCAAAUACUACGAAGAAAAAUGAAAGUGUUCAACAUGUCAGCAACAAAGAGAUCGCAAAAAGUAAAGACGAUUUGAAAAAUCUUGACUAUGACAAUUUAUUCACAAAAACUAUUUUUAUCACUAGUAGAAUUGUGAAUAAUUCUAGAAAGGUACUCAAAAAUAUUGUUAAAUCUAAGUUUAUAUUUCACACCAAUCUAUCUAAGCAUAUAAACUUAGUCAAAUCACCAACUUCUUAUAUUAAUAAUGCUAGGUUUAGUCAAGACAAUGGCACUGAAAAGUCUUUCGUGCGUUUUAGUAAGUAUUACAACCAAAAACAUCCAAUAAAUGACACAUAUGUGUAUAAACAAAAUAAUUAUCACAGGACUAUCCAACCUACAUAUUUUGAAUUACUCGCAAGAAGUGGUAAAGAAAAUAAUAAUCACUUAGUAGAAAAAAAUAAGCCAAAACACGAAACUACUAAAUCAAUCGUUUACAACACAUAUAAAGCUUUAACUGAGGAAGAACUCACCCUGCCACCUGAUGUUAGAAAAAUUAAAACUACAUAUUCAACUAUUUAUACAAAACAAAUUAACAGUAUUAAAUCACUUUUAAAUGUAAAAGCUAGCAAACCUCGGUCUAAACAAACUAAAUUUAACUUAAAGUCCGAAGUUCCUUCAAGACUCUUAACAGAUAAAUAUAAUACAACUAAAACAUAUAACGAUUUUGAGGAUACCCUAAUAAAUGACACUCUUUACAAUUUUAAUAAUAACAUCACCUACCUCCAUCCCAUUGAAAAGCUUUCAAAACAAACACAGUGGAGGUCAUUAAAUCGCAUUCAUAUAAAGAAUAGAAAGCGCCCAAUAAUUAUGAUGAAUACUGAUGACUUCCUCUAUUUUCGAAAACCGGUCACGACGAAAGGAAAUUUCUUUGAAAUGGUAAAAUCGGACUCCUUACCCGUGCCUAGGCAUCAGAUCAAUGUUCCGUCAGUCAGGACAACGGUGCCAAAACGCGUCAUAUUGAGACCAAAAUUCAAUUCAUUUGAAGAUUUUAAAAUGAACCCCCUAAGGCGAGUAAUGCCAAAGGAAGUCAUAAUGCCAGAUGAUCGCGAUUUUUAUAGAAGUAACUUCCAAUUUCAUCACAAACCUGGCCAAUCAUGGAGGGAGAAGAUAGGCGAAGUGCGAACGAAAUUAAAGCCUCGACGUCGUUCAGGUGUAGAAACAGCACGAAAGAUAAAGUUUGAACCUGUUAUAGACGUACCGUAUUAUAUGCCCACUCUUAUGAAGCCUAACUUCCUGAGAGACAAAGUGGAAUCUGUCAGGACUUAUAUUUACAACGAAGAGAAGAACCAAGUGAAUGGAAGGAGGCAUUUUAAGAGUCCUCCAAGAGUUGAUAAGUCAGGCGUAAUAGUGGAUGCUUCGGACACGCAAGAACAUAUGUACUAUAGUGCGGAAAGGUCCCCAGAACAGACACAAUCGCCAUCUCCUCAGGUCACGAGGCCAAAGAAAACGAUAUUCUUUUUAAGUCCAACAGUACCGUAUAAUCGUUAUUUUUAACUCGUUUGUAAGGUUCAAACCAAUACAGAAACGCCUAAACUAGUGCACAAUAUUAUAGCCGAUAAUUUAACAACUGAAACAGAUGGUGCUGUAUAGCAUCAUACGUUCUGUA